GUCCUCUUCCAACGCUUCAGAUUCCCCCACUCUGAUUUCUUUCUGUAAUCUUCUCUCUCUCUCUCUCUCUCUCUCUCUCUCUCUAUCGAAUUUACUUCCCAAAAAUGGUAAUGAUUCAAUCGGAUAUACGCUCCGCGCUUCAGAUUGCUUCCACUCUCGGCUGCCUCAAACCCAAUCACCGCUUCGUCUCCCGCCGCGUCGCCGCCUUCCGUCCACCGCCGAGGUUGGCAGUGGCGGCGGGGGCCAAGGUAAGAGCUUUUUCCACCAACGAUACGGAGACUGAGGGCCCCGCCGUAGAGAAGGUUUCGCAUAAGCCGCCCGUGUGCACGGCCGACGAGCUUCAUUACGUAUCUGUACCUAAUUCCGAUUGGAGGCUCGCCCUCUGGCGCUACACUCCUCCCCCUCAGGCUCCUCCGAGGAAUCACCCUCUAUUGCUAUUGUCAGGGGUGGCAACCAAUGCCAUUGGAUACGACCUCUCUCCAGAGUCUUCAUUUGCCCGUUACAUGUGUGGUCAAGGAUUUGACACUUGGAUUCUUGAAGUUAGAGGUGCUGGUUUGAGCAUGCAGGGAUCAGAUUUGAAACAAAUUGAGCAGAAUGCCCAUACAAUAUCUGAACAUAUGGAAGCUACUGCUGAAGCUGCAACUGAUAGAGUUCUUCCUGCGGAACAGCAGUCAACCAAUAUCUUCAGUACAUUGUCAGAAUCUUAUAACUCUGUUGCCAAAGGCAACCCAGCGGGGAUGGCAACAGUUUGGGAUGAAUCAAAACUAGUGACAAAGUUGACGGAAACCUUUAUACGUUUGUCAGAACGACUUUCUGGCUUUCUCAAUGAAAGACAAUCACAAAUUGUGUCUGCAAAUUUUUUUGAUCAAAUAUCACGACUCUUAGAGGACUCUUUUCUAUCUGAACGCUUUGAUGAGAUAAGAGGAAAACUUUCGAGUUUGUUAGAAGCAAGGCAAAAUUCUGCUGUGACUAGCCAAAUCAGGGAGCUGAGUCAAAAGCUUGUGAAUAUUGUUGAAGAGAGUCAACGUUCGGUUUCACCUCAGCUGUACAAUUUGCAAGAGCGUCUUUUCACAACAAUAGAAGAUUUCCAGAAGCAACUUGACUUGAUCGUUAAAUAUGACUGGGACUUUGAUCACUACCUGGAAGAGGACAUUCCUGUGGCGGUGAGUUUUACAUUGCAGAUGGAAUAUAUAAGGGGCCAGUGCAAACCGAAGGAUGGUAAAUUGUUUGCAGUUGGACAUUCCAUGGGAGGUAUCUUGCUGUAUGCUAUGCUGUCACGAUGCGCUUUUGAAGGAAGAGACCCGGGAUUGGCAGCUGUGGUUACAUUGGCAUCAUCACUUGACUAUACCUCUUCAAACUCAUCACUCAAAGUGCUCCUACCGCUUGCUGAUCCUGCUCAGGCUCUCAAUGUUCCGGUUGUUCCUUUUGGGGCAUUACUUGCAGCAGCUUAUCCUCUUUCAUCUCGCCCCCCUUAUGUCUUGUCUUGGCUUAAUCAUCUGAUAUCAGCAGAGGACAUGAUGCAUCCGGAGUUGCUAAGGAAGCUUGUUCUGAAUAACUUUUGUACUGUUCCUGCUAAAUUAAUCUUACAGCUGACAACAGCUUUUAGAGAGGGUGGGCUCAGUAAUAGAACUGGUACAUUUUUCUUCAAGGAAUAUCUACAUAAAAGCGAAGUUCCUGUCUUAGCCAUUGCUGCAGAUCGGGACCUGAUUUGCCCACCAGAAGCUGUCUACGAAACUGCAAGGCUAGUCCCUGAGCAUUUGGUCACCUAUAAAGUAUUUGGAGAACCCGAAGGUCCCCAUUAUGCUCAUUAUGACUUGGUGGGAGGACGAUUGGCUGUGGAGCAAGUAUAUCCCUGUAUAGUAUUAUUUCUGAGUCAGUAUGACUAAGAUCAUAAUUAUGGAGCCCAUGAGAUAUGUUCUACCAAAGUUCACUAGGGCUGCAUUCCCCAUCUGAAGCUGGAAAGAGGGUUGUCAAAUGUGUUAUAUUUCCAUCACUUGUCUAUGCUGGGAAGCUUUGCUGGAUGAAGGUUCCCCUAUGGAAAUUAAGGCCCCAAAAACCUGACGGGAACCUUGUUCCGUGUGGCUCGGCUUUGUUUUUAUUCACAUCAUCUUUUGUGUGUAUCCAUUUAACGAUUUCUUUUUGUAUAUCUGUUUUUCUUUUUCUUUUUUUAUCCUCUUUUUUUUUUUACGGGUGGGGAAUAUUCGGAGGAAAGGAAGAUUGGCAUAUGCGGAAUAGAAUCAAGAGAAUACAGGCACAGUUACUCGUGAAUUUGGCAACGGAUCAAGGUCAAUCAGGCAAUAAUAUUUCAUGUGAAGAAUUUUGCCUCGUCAUUUUCUUGAUGGCUAAUUCUUGAAUUAGUUGGCCAAGACAAGUCCCCAGUGCAAAGCAUUGAAGGUACAGGUUACAGAGACUCUCAUUAGUUUCACCUUGUAAGGACAAAACAUCCUCUGUAUGCAUUCACAUGUAUGUCACAGUGUUACACAUGCAAAAGAUCAAAACAAGGAUCAGACAGAUGAACUAUGAUUCUACCAUUUAUGGUUGAUUACAGUGUCUUAGAUGUGCAGCUCUUGGCAUUCUUUUAUUGACACAAAGGACAGGGGUCCAUGUAUUGAUUUCCAAGGACCAAGUACUUUGUUUUUUAUUGCUUAACUUCUGAUGGUACUUGUGUAAAUUAUCUUUCUAAUCA